AUGUGGUCUCAGUGGGAGAGUGACAAGGAACUGCGAGGUACCUGUUCGGUAGCACAAGAUUUGCAGGGGCAUUUAUUUUCACCUCUCUUCUGGAACUUGCUGCACCCAGCUGACACUGCUUCAAAGCCUUGGACAACACUCAGCCCCACAGAACGCAGGCUGCCUAGUGAUUUGUGCUUUGAACUUUCCACUAUAGCUGUAAGCACACAGAGGCUGGACAUUCAAGUUUUCAUCUCAUGGGUCAAGAAAGGACAUUUGCACAAGGACCAAGAAGGCACUCAUCUCUGGCUGCAUGGCAAGGCCUGUGACAGAGAAGGCCCCCACAUGAUGAGCUCCCUAAUUGACACCUCUUACCUCCAGCUGGCUUCCUUUGCACUGGGGACAGUAGGCUGGAUUCUGUGCACCGUUUCCAUGGGACUUGUGGAGUGGAGAGUGUGGCACGUGGACAACACCACCAUCAUCUCCUCUGGCAUCGCCUGGGUGGGGAUUUGGAAAGUCUGCUUCAUCAGUUACAUUCAUGUCUCACCUGGCUAUGAAGAGCAGUUCUGCCAUAAAUUCAUUGGUUAUGACUCCUCCAUCCCUGGAGAAAUCUAUGCUGCUCAGGGUCUCCUGGUGAUUGCCAUGGUCAUGGGAUUAUUGGGACUGAUCGCCACAAUAUGUGCUCUGAGAAAUAUUUAUAUAGGAAUCAGUCAUAAAACUGCCAUUACCCGUUUCUUCCUGGUGGGUGGCUUCUUCUACUUAUUUGCUGGUCUGUGUGUCCUGAUUCCAGUGAGCUAUAACUUCUAUUCUGUAACGCAGAACCAGAGCAUCGCCUUCCCUCCCUCCUACCUCAUGCCCUCCAGUCCUGUGGCACAGGAAGCUGGUGCUGCCAUUCCCAUUGGGAUUAUAGCUGCCAUCCUGCUGCUGCUGAGUGGGAUAUUUUCUCUUUCCUACAGAUUUCCUGUAACCACAAACACAUGAAAUCCUGAUGGGACAAAUUGUUCCAUACAUUUUCAGAGUAUGGUCAAAAUAUAAGGGUGGCAGCACAAGUGGUUCUUCAGACAAACUACUGCAUUUUAGUCCACAGUAGCCAGCAUAUGUUGUUAUAAGACUGAACUAUCAUCUUGAUUGCCAUGUGGGACCAGAAGUUUGUCUUUGAGAUCAUUGCUGUUGAGCAGCAAUGCUAAUUAUUAAGAUUUAUCAGUUGUCCUUCUCAUAUAAAUAUAUACAAAGUCUAUUGAUUAACUUAUUUUUUGUGCCAGAUGUUUACUGUGUUCAAAGAGCUGCCUCUGAUUUAAUUGUCCAGUUAGAAAUACGUGGAAUGACAGACGUGAAAUACAUGGAAUGACACAUGAAAUGUGAAAUUGUUUCUUUCUUAGUACUAAAAUAUUUUGCCCAUUGUUAAACAAUAUCUGUAGCAAAGUCAAGUUAAAACUUUUGAUACAAACAAAAUAAGUGUCAUCGUGAUUGUGUCAAAUGAGCGUUUCCUGAAUUGUCUUACAAAAAUACCUAGCCAAUUUCUCCUCUUGCUCCAGGGCACAUAAAGAGCUGUUUCUUUAUGCUUCUGUUUUUCUUUCAAGCUAUUUGCAUCUUAUGUUGCAACACGUCUGCCUGUAGGCAAGGUGCGCUCUUAGUUCCUCACCUGUGCAGAGCCAAAAAGUCUGCAAGGGUAUGUUUCUUCAUCAGAUGCUUCCCUGAAUCCAAAGGUAUUGCAAAAGAUGGAAACAGCGUCUACAAGUCACUGCAAAACUGCUGCCAAAAUCAGUGUUCUUAGUAACUGGGAAUAUUCAGUAGAACUUUAUAAGUGUGAUUCAUCUAACCUGACCCAGACAUCUGUACCUAAACCAGUCUUUGUUUAUAGUCAGCGCAAAAAGAAAGACAGUCUAGACAGAGAAAGACAUCUGUCUAAAAUGGAUGCCUAGUGUAGCUGGAAGAUGACAUGCUCCCAGAAAAUCUCUCUUUCUCUUAAUUCAUGGUAAUGACUAAUAACUAUGUUGCUAACAGAGUAGUACACAACCAAGCUUUACCUAAGCCAGAUAAAAUUAGGUGAAAAGGAUCUGCCAUCUGAGCGACAUUUCCUGUGCCAGUGACACUGAAAAACAAGAAAAGAAGAGAGGAAAGAUGGAAAAAAUGCCCCAAACACAGCAAUAAGGGAAAUAAAAAAUAAAAUAAAAUAAAAAAAUCAAGAGGUUGUAUGGCAGGAACGAGUAGGUAGUGCUGACAAGUUGAUGAUCUGCUGAAAACAGGCUCUACAAAAAGUGAUUACAGUUUCAAAGAAAUGUAACAAGAAUUUAAGUGAUCUAAUUGUACUGGUUUAACUAUCCUUGAUUUUCUCAUGGAGUCAGGAAAAAAAUAAAUAAAAUAAAAAGUAAAAUGCCAGCAAGCCAGCUCGUAUUGCUUGUGGCUGUUUGCAUGACAAAUACUUCUGCUAUCUUUAAGUUGUGGAGACAAAGAACGAAAAGCGACUCAGUGUUUGGCAAACCUCCCCUUUUCUCACCUUCAGGGAGAAAGGUAACUCUCCAGGUUCUCAAACUGUCAUCAGCUCUGCUGCCUAUGCUUGCUUUCUCCCAGGAUCCAGUUUAAUAUUGCCUCUUUUUGCCCCACCAAGAUUGCUGUUACUUAUUCACUUCACUUAAGUGUCACUCCCACUGAAACAAUUAUAUAUGUAAUAUAGAUCUAAGGAAUGCAGCACUACCUCAUUUUCUCCUAGCAUUCCAUUGUUUCUUCUGCAUCUUCCACAUGGUUUUGUCUUUGUUCUGCUGACUUCCUAUACAGAAUCCCUAUAGCACAUUCAUUCCCUCUGGUCUUCUGUCUUUUCUGAACCAUCAUUUGCAAUUGAUGAGGUGCAGCUGUUUGUCUUUGGACUGUUUGCAGUGCUGCAAAGCUUUCUGGUGGUGUACUGGUAAAGGCUCAUGCUUUCAUAGCUUGUUUAUUCGUUUCUACUUUGACUUCUAUUGUACAUCCUGUACUACACCGGUAUGUUUUUUAAAUGUGCACAUCAACAGAACUGUUCUCUCUUCCUACAGGGAUCACAAUGAUAUUAGACGUUAUCUUUUUGCUGUUGUAAGGCAAAUAAGAUGUAUUCACGUGUCAAUGCCAACAUUUCCCUGCACAAAUACAAGACCUAUAUUCUCUCACAAGGAACUUGUUUUAACAGCAAAUCACUGAUUCUGCAACUUUUUCUGAGCUCACAUAUAUACAGAAAUGUGUAUUAAUUCAGUAUAUUUACUAAAUGACAGGGUUGGGUCCACAUUUACUUUUCUUAGCUCAAAGAGAAAGCAACAAACAACACCACACAGCUGUUUCCCUCUGUUGGUCCAUCCUGAUGUAAAACACUCACUGUGGGUCAAAUGUAGAUGAGGUGUUGAGGAACAUCCCUAGUUAAACACUACACAGACAUAGACUACGUAAGAAGGUACGUGUAUUUUAAAAAUCAAGUUUUGUUAAAAAUCAAUUUAGAUAAAUACUGCUAUGCACAGCAUAGAUAUGGUUAAGCCUCAGGGCAGAGGAAUGGUCUAGUGGAGCUCUUGAUGUCCUUUCCCAUUGUAUUUCCAAGGUUUCUAAUGCAGGAGACUAUCAAUAGUUACAUGAUCCAUAUUAUACUUUGAUGUAUAUAAUAAGCCUAUGGUCAAAUACCAGGGAAUAUUAAAACUCAGUCAUUCCCUGAAGAAUAGAUAGGAGAGAAUAAAUUUUAGCUGAAAAUAAGGAAGAGGCAAAACCCCUAUUGGUCUUCAUGGGAUCAAGCCUGUCUAAUCUUGACCCCUCCAGGCUGUGUGAUUCAUUAAAUUCUAGUGGAUGUUUACAUUCAUUAAGAUUUUCAAACUGGAAGAAAGUAUAUUUCCUGUGCUUUUACUUUGUGAGUGAGGAGACACAGCCACUCUGUGCAAAUCUUUGUGAUGCAUCAUUUAGAUAAUUUUAAAAAUUAAAUUACCUUUCAGUAGUUCCAUUUGUUACCAUUUCACUUGGUCUCGUACAGCUAUUUUAGGGAUGUCUGCAAAAUCAGACAGCUGAAAUGAUUGGGAUUUAAUCAAUCCCAGAAAAUGCAAAACAUUUCCAAAAGGCUAGUUUUAAUCUUGAUGACUUUAGGAAGCUACUCUGCAGCCUGCCCCCACCAGCAUUUAUAGUAGGACAACUGAGGACAGGCAACGAGCUGCAGCGCAAAGCCAGGAGUGAGUAGUCAGGGCCUCAAGGGAGAGAGAUAAGACUAAGAACCGCUAAAGCAUAUUUCAUCACAGAACAGACGAUAUCAUGAAGCUACAUCUCCAGCUUCAGUGCAAAUUGGGACCUGCUGCAUCUCCAGUGACAGCUCUGCUCAUUCUGUGGGUUCCACCCUGUCUAGGAAUGUCUCCACAGUGGCCUCAGCCUACUUGUAAGUCAGCCUUUCUUUAUUUUUCUGAGUUGACAAUAAACAAGUGUCUUGUGAUUAGCUCACAUGCCUGAACGCACUGCUGGGAUAAUUAUCUGAAUACCAAAACCCUCUUUCAAUUCUUCUGGAUAUCCAGGCAUAAUAGUAAGGCAUCCAUCUUUGACCUGCAGAACAUACUCCCAGAUGCUACUGCACCACAUGAUGCAUUUUGUUAACCUUAUUUCUAUUUCUGUCUACCAUACCUGUUUAUUUGUGGCCACAGACCAAAAUGUGUAUGAAUACAUUAAAUGCUCCUCUAAAAAUACUUAGUAUUGGAAGAAGUUGAAAACACCUAAUAGUGAAACAAGCCAAUGGUACAUGUCUACUGGGAUUUCCUUCCUAGGUGAAUGUGUAAUUCUGACCUAUAUCAUUUUUGUUAAUGUUAAGUAAGAAAGAGGAACAAAGAGACAUUGUAUUAGAAAGUAGGCCAUCAAAUUAUUUGGAUUACAUCAAUAAACAUUUUUUCAAUUCAAGUCAGCAGUUUUACAUGAAAAUAAUCUUAAUUGCUGACUCUAAGUUCUUCAGUUUACUGAAAACAAUGCUUGUCUCAGAAAGCAAUGUCUUUGUUGUCACAUGGCUUAUGGUAUAUUACAACGAGAGUAAGAGUGUUUUUCAAGAGAGAUAUUUUUAGACUUUGGAACAUUUUUUCUUAGAAUGGAAAAACUGAAAUGUCAUAGGCAAUUUCCUGCUCUUUAGGACCUUAAAAUACUUCAGGACAAAGAGUUUUUUACUUGAAAAAUGUAAGUCUAGCUGGCAUAGUGUUUAACAGCAAAUUGUUUUCUUAAAAUAGGAAACCAACGUACAUUAAAUUAAAGGCUCCCAGAAGAGACAUGUUCUCUGUGAAAAUACACCUUUUUCAAAACUGAAAUGGAAUUCCUUUCAUUUUUGUCAAUAUGUGUAUGGUCAGAUCCAGUAUCAGCUAAUAAAUACAUAUUUUUCAACCAACAUAUUUCCUUCCCCCAUGUAAUCUACUCUAUUAUUUCCCUUGCAUAAGAAAGGUGAGAUUGUUCAGUAAUUACCAUGGUGCUUUGAAGCUGCCAGUAACUGUGUCAAAACCAACUAUAUGCCAAUCAAGAAAAUGUAAGUCAAUCUCAUCUCAGAAUUACAAAACCAAUAAACACCAAUAAAUACUGGCUUGUAAUUUGAAAUGGAGUAUAGUAUGCACUGUGAAGCCCCAGUUCCCACAAAGUCACAUUCUGCUUUUCUCCUGGGACAUACAUGGAAAAGACUAGGUACAAAAUUAACACCCACAAUUAUAUUUUGAAGAAACACAUAAAUUUUAAGUGGGAUUUUAUGUCCAACACCAUCCAAGAUUACGACUCAUACAAGAUGUUUUUCAGCAGCUGAAUAUGCAGGCCCAUUAAUAGAUAAAGUGGCACAUGUGAAAAAAUUGAUCCUGCUUUGAAUGUUGCCAAAAUAUCUGUAGGUACCUGAGAUUAUCUGGUGUGAACAAAAACUAUAUGUAGAACUGGAAUUAUUUUACUUUUGGAGAUGUUGGAAGUGAAAAUUGAAACAGCUCCUCAUGUUUACACUCUUGGAGUAUCCAUGUAACAUCAAGUAGUUGGCCAUUGUCAAAAGAAAGGACUAUGUCCCAGAGGGAAUUUGAGAUCACACAAAGCCAGAUUCCUAGUGAAUUGCUCAUGUAAAAAUAUGGCCAUCAAAAUAAUGAACUUUCAGAAGGCCUACUGAAAAGCUUGCCAGCUCCAUCUGUCCAUCUCCAACAUGCAGAACAAUUCAUUUCAUUGUACUUUAUUCCAUCUGAGCCUUGUUAUUACAAGUAUGUGUAAAAUAUGACCCAUAGUGUAACAGUUUCCUAUUUGUAAACUAAAUCAUAGAAUCACAGAAUCAUAGAAUCAUAGAAACAAUCACAGAAUGGCCUGGGUUGAAAAGGACCAUAAUGAUCAUCUAGCUUCAACCCCCCUACCACAAGCACAGUCACCAACCACCAGACCAGGCUGCCCUGAGCCACAUCCAGCCUGGCCUU